AAGCCUUUUCCCCGCCAUUGAAAGCGCCAUUCUCUAGGGCUUCUUCGCCUCUCUCGAUCGAUCUCUGAUCGGGACUUGGAGGCCGGAUCCUCGCCGGAGACGAUGUUCCUCAUCGACUGGUUCUAUGGCGUGCUUGCGUCGCUUGGCCUAUGGCAGAAGGAGGCGAAGAUCUUGUUCCUCGGGCUAGACAAUGCGGGAAAGACCACUCUUCUCCAUAUGCUUAAAGAUGAGAGGUUGGUCCAGCACCAGCCGACGCAGUUUCCGACGUCUGAGGAGCUGAGCAUUGGAAAGAUCAAGUUCAAAGCUUUUGAUCUCGGAGGACAUCAGAUCGCCCGUCGCGUUUGGAAAGACUAUUACGCGAAGGUGGAUGCUGUAGUCUACCUAGUAGAUGCUUAUGACAAGGACCGGUUUGCAGAGUCAAAGAGGGAACUGGAUGCACUCCUCUCCGAUGAGUCAUUGGCCACUGUCCCUUUUCUUGUGCUAGGGAACAAGAUCGACAUUCCAUAUGCUGCGUCCGAGGAGGAGCUAAGGUACCACUUAGGUUUAAGCAACUUCACAACCGGCAAGGGCAAUGUAAACCUUGCAGACUCCAAUGUUCGUCCUCUCGAGGUUUUUAUGUGCAGCAUUGUUCGUAAGAUGGGCUACGGCGAUGGCUUCAAGUGGGUCUCCCAGUACAUCAAGUAGACAAUGCCAUUGUAGGUUGAUCUUAAUGUUGAUAACUAGCAAUCCAUGACCUCCAUGUUCACUAGCCUUCGUCUUUUAUAAAAACUCAUGUAGCCUUCUUCUUCUUCUUCUUAUUCUCAGUGGAUGAUGAAAACCCUAGUUUUUAUGGUAUAUUAAUUGUUAGAUCAUGAAAAACAAAAAAGUGCUAUAAAGUAGGAAGUACAUUUUGUAACAUCAUUGCAAACUUCCAUUAUACCUACUCACAGAGGUGAUCUUCUGAUGCUAUAUUUUGUUA